AUGCAGGCAAACGCAUCCUCGAAACGCAUUUCGGCCGCUAACAAGGCGGCCCUGCGCAACCUCGCGCGCAACCUCUACCUGAUCAACGCACUUGCGCUCGGCGUGCGCUGGGUUAAGAGCAACGUUUAUGGACGGCCUUUCCUGCCUAGUGGAUUCGUGCUCUUCCUUCAGGUCGCAACAUUCGUUGCAACUAUUGCGGUCUGGCGGUGGUUUAUUGCUAUCGGCACCCCCCAUACCGACGCCAAAGGCAACGUGAAGGUUGCUGAAGACCUUGCGGGUGGCGGCGUCAUCGAACUCGCGUGGGACAUGAUCUACCUCACCUGGAUUUGCACGCUCGGCUCGGCCCUCAUCGCCCCCUGGUUCUGGUACCUCUUCCUCCUCAUUCCGGCCUUCGGCGCUUGGAAGAUCUACGGCGUCGCCAAGCCUUUCCUCGGCAUGUUUCUUCCCGGCAUCUUCGGACCGAAGGGACCCAAACCCGCUGCACAGGAGCAGGCGCAGGCCGCCCAGCCCGCCGAGUCCAAGAAGCAGGCCAAGCUUCGCGCCCGCAUGGAGCGCGGCGACAAGCGCGUCCAGCAGGUCCAGCGCCGGUAG